AACAAUCUCGCCGUGAUGACCUUGAAUCAUUAGGCUAUGUUAUGAUGUAUUUCUGUCGUGGUUCGCUUCCAUGGCAAGGUCUCAAAGCUGCUACUAAGAAACAGAAAUACGAUCGUAUCAUGGAAAAGAAAAUGACUACACCAACGGAACUGCUUUGUCGUACUUUUCCCAAUGAAUUUGCUAUCUAUUUGAACUAUACACGAUCGCUUCGAUUUGAUGACAAACCUGAUUAUAGUUACUUGAGAAAGUUAUUCAGGGAUCUAUUUGAAAAAGAUGCUAAUAAGGUGCAUCCAUCAUUACCAAUGCCUGAUGAUGCAAAUGUUGUCGCUGAACAACCUGAAGAAGAUGCUAAAAAUCAAAAACACUCUGCAAUGCGACAAGCCAAUAACACAAGCAAUAUUGUAACUGCACCAAGUAGUAAUCGUAAACCUUCGAGUAAGCAAGUUUAUUCAGGUGCCGCCGGAAUUAGUUCUACACGAGCUAACACGUCACCACAGCAACCCAUCGCUAGUGGGUCUUCGCGGCUGACGCAAACUCCAAGGC